AUGAAGUCACCGCAGAAACAGACGAAGCCAGAAGCACAAGUUUCGACUGUUUUGAUUGAGCCGGUUGAACCUGAUACAGAUGACCAAGCCAAGGAAACCAUUCCUUCAAAAUCAGCAUUUGAAACAAGGAUGGUUAGAAAAGUUUCUGGAAUGAUUCAAGAUUCUGAGUCUCGAAUUAUGAAGAAGCAAUUAAACACACAAUCGCGCUCAACUUUCACCGCCGGGAAAGUAUUUGGUUAUGAUUUGAACUUGAUUAACUUCUUAAGGAAAACGGAUAUUGAUCGGUAG